GGCUACAUAGCUUAGUGCCCACGGGCCCUGUACAGCAGACAGAUCACAUCCACUUCUACGAUAGCCCUCACACCAUGUCGCUGCAAAGCCUCGUGUCUGGAUCAGAGUGUGCCGUGGCAUCGAAUCCACUUUCACAAGUCCUUAAGCACGCCGAAGGUGACAGAACCUUACAGCAGGACCGAGUUGCUGGAUCAUCAUCCUCGCGACUCCAGCAUUUGCCAGGAACUGCCUCCGUUCAAGCCUCCGAACAUGACGUAUCCAUGGCGCGCCAGUUCUUUGGAGGUCAGCAGGGCUCGACGUCACUUCCCAUGUUGCCCCCUCCUAGCUAUCAUCCCGAUAUUUCCCGUUCGUAUGGCCAGGGAGCACUUCUCGACAUCCAUGGAGCAUGGGACAGAAAUGCAUCACAGAUGGUACAUCGCCAAGGAAGCAUGCGAGCUUCCUGGGCUGCUGAGUUUGGCAGCAUACAGGAACCUUCAUCAUCUGGUGAUUCAGUCCAACGGCCUAUGCCACAGAGUCAAGAUAUGACACCCAGGACCUCGUCUUACAAUCAUGCCAUACCAAUGGAUGUGCAAAGUUUCCCUACCUCUUCCUUUUCCCACAGCUUUGUCCGAGUCUCCCAGCCAGUCGAUAGCGGUAAAGGGAAAGCGCGCGAAGCGGAUUUUGAAGCAGCCUUCGCGCAGGCUGUGGCGUCACUCCACAUAGACUCGGAGAACUCUUCGAAGAUUGUAGAAGUAAAUGAUAACGCCAUCAGCCAGGAAGACAGUGACUUGAAACCGAAUUUUGAUGUCUCAGAGGUUUGGGAUCAAAUCCAAGCUAACACCCCGCUCCAGCAGGAAGACAUAGCGAAGUGGGAAAGCGAGUUUAAUCAACUCAUGACUGCGCAACGAGAUGAAUUAGAACACGAUUAUGGCAGUGCCAUGCAAGAUGCAUGGGAAAAUGGCCCUCAGGAGUACACUAUUCCUGAGUUUAAACUGGACAAAGACGGUUACCCGAUUGUAGGAAGUUACGUGUUUGAUGAGGAGAAUAAAUAUUUAAAUCAACCAUCCGAAGUAUCACUUUUGAACGAGGCCAAGGCUCUCCUUCAACAGAAUGGGUCGUUAUCAGAAGUUGCACUUCUUUUGGAAGCAGCGAUAAAGAAAGGCGACCGAGGAGAGGGGGGAUAUGAAGCGUGGAUUCUUCUUGGAGAAACAAGAAGUAUGGAUGAAAGAGAAGUACAAGCAAUGCGUGCAUUACAAACAGGUGUGCAAGCAGCUGAAGCAAGCGGUGCCAAUGGCACGGGAAUGUUGUCCCUCGCCAUUUCAUAUACCAAUGAAGGUUAUGACAGGGCAUGCUAUCUCAUGCUUUCAAGUUGGUUACAUGCCCGUUUCCCCGAUUUCCCUGUAUCCGAGGAGCUCUCCAAGGCACUAAUCUCCCAUUCCACGCGGGACGCUCACGAACGCCUCACAGACGCCUUCCUUGCAUUAGCGCGACAACAAUAUGAGCAAGGUGUUGUCGAUGCCGAUGUGCAGAUUGCACUGGGCGUCCUUUUCUAUAACACUACAGAGUACGACCGUGCUAAAGACUGCUUUGAAAGCGCCCUGUCCCUACGGCCUCAGGACUAUGUGUUAUGGAACCGGUUGGGUUCCUGUCUUUCGAACGGGAAUAAACCCGAAGAAGCCCUCGGAGCCUACAGAGAAGCUUUAAGCCUUCGCCCGACAUACACCCGGGCAAUUUACAACGUUGGAGUUGCCUGCUUGAACAUCGGGGCACCCAAAGAAGCAGUGGAACAUUUUCUGAGCGCUCUGGCUUUGCAGGAUUAUGCCGGAGUCAGUCGAACAAGUGAGCAGCUCUGGCACACUUUGCGGCGUGCGCUGGUACAGUUGGAUCGUAGUGACCUAACUGAACUGGCAAAGCCAGGGAAUCUAACCGAUUUAAGUGUAUUCCGUGAGCACGGCUUCGACUUCUAGGAUAUAACGCACGCAUUUUACCAAGCGAGAGUCAACCGUUUAAGCACAAUUCCCGUAGACGACUACUGGAUGUAGACCAAUUGGUAUGGAUGCAUACUUGUUCGACGAC